AUGUCCCAGUCCGGACAGACGCCCGUCGACAUCACCACGCUGUCGGUGCAGCAGAUCUCGGCGCUGCAGGCUCGCCUGUCCCAGGAACUCGAGCACCUGAGCACGUCGUACCAGAGGCUGCGUGCCGCGCAGUCGCGCUUCCGGGACUGCAUCCGCAGCAUACAGGACGGGGUGCAAGGGAGGAGUGGAGACACGCCCCUGCUCAUCCCGCUCACAACCUCGCUCUACGUCCCCGGCACGCUGGCCGCGCCCAAAUCCUCCACCUCUGCCUCGUCAACUACGAAAUCGUCAAAACCCCCCACGGUCAUGGUCGACGUGGGCACGGGGUUCUUCGUCGAAAAGACCCCCGCGGACGCGACAAAAUUCUACCAGGGCAAGGUUGAGGAGUUGACCAAAAAUCUGCAGGACAUUGAGAAGGUGGUGGGCGGCAAGACGGAGAGUCUGAGGGUCGUGGAGGACGCGCUGCGCCGGAAGAUGGUCGAGGAGCAGCCCAUGCAGUUCGGUGCUGGUGGUGCUGGGCGACAGGCCGCGGCGGCGAUGGGAGGACCAAGUGCGAGCGGAUCCGCAGGGUAG